AGUCACAAGUCCUAUAUCCAGUACUAACUCUGCCACAAGUUCUCUUGGAGUAUCCAGUCAUAUUCCAGCCAGAGGGACAGUUGGUGUUGGGGUCUGUCAUAUCCAGGUAGACUGCACGUCUCCAACCUCCUGUACCUCCACAGUAAUAUGUGUAACCACUUAUUUGUUGUGUUAGAUUCUCCUUCAUGUCCUUUAAAUCAGAUUUAAUUGCUGUCUCAUGUUCCUCAAUUUUGUCACACAUUGCGUUACUGACACCAUUUAACUCAGUCUUGACAUCAUCGAAAUCAUCUCUCAUUGAUUCAUUCAGAGCACUCAGUCUA